CUCAAUGAUAGAUAGGCAGAACUUAUUUUCUGAUUACAAUAAUUUAUCUUUUCCACAAUCUCUCAGGAAUGCAUUUCCAUCUUCUUGUUAGUAUUUUGAUAAAGAUGUUGAGUGGUAAUGAAAGGAAUAUCAAAAUAAAAGUUACUAAUAAUUGACAGGAUGAUAAAUUACUACAUUUAUAGAUAACAUAAUAUACUUAAUGAAUCCUGAAGCUGUCAAUUUCAAUAUCAUUGAACUCAUAUUUAAACAUAGACAUAAUUUGAUCAUCUAUUUCUUAUUGAUUAAGGUAUAGAAGAACAGUGGUUUUUCCAGAACAAUUAAUAUAUCAGAUAUGAUGUAGAGAUGAAGUGAAAUAAUAAAUU